AUGGCGUAUGGCACUAGCAAAUUCAACGCUGGUGGACGAAGAAAACAAAGACAAAAAUAUUUACAUUUUACAAUGUCUUUUUUUUUUUUUUCUUUCUAAAGAUCUGAUCUUGGGUAUUGUGACAAAAUAGUAUUAUAUAAAUAGCUAUACAUUAUUAUAACGCUAAACAGAACACAGGAAAGGAAAGGAGUCAAGUGAGAAAUUUCAUGGUGAUUAGCAUGGGUGAGGGUGAGCUCCAUGUUUUCUUCUUCCCCUUCAUGGCUCAAGGCCACAUGAUUCCUAUUCUUGACAUGGCUAAGCUCUUCGCUUCUCGUGGCGUCAAGGCAACCAUAAUCACCACGCCUGCAAACCAACCCAUUUUCUCCAAAGCCGUGGAUAAGUAUGCGCAGUUGGGGUUCCAAAUCCAGAUCCGUUUGCUGGAAUUCCCCGGCGUCGAGGUUGGCUUGCCGGAAAGUUGCCAGCGCUCCGACCAAAUCCCCGACGACGACGCACUCCCCAGUUUCUUCAAGGCCUGCGCGAUGCUCCAAGAGCCGCUUGAGCAAAUCUUACAAGAGCUCCGUCCCGAUUGCCUCGUCGCCGAUAUGCUUUUCCCUUGGGCUACAAACACUGCCGCUAAGUUUGAUAUUCCAAGGUUGAUCUUUCAUGGAUUCUCCUACUUGGCGUUUUGUGCUUUGAAUAGUAUUAGAAUUCACAACCCUUUCAAGAAUGCGAGUUCUGAUUCUGAACUUUUCACGAUUUCCAAUCUUCCUCACGAGGUGAAACUCACCAGAUUGCAAGUUCCUCCUUUUCAACGCAGUGAGGUUGAAACUCCGAUGACGGAAUUCAUGAAAGGAGUUAUGGAAUCGGAUGAUAAGAGCUACGGGGUGAUCUAUAACAGCUUCUACGAGCUGGAAACUGAUUAUGCAGAGCACUACAAGAAUGUUUUGGGGAGAAGAGCAUGGUCAAUUGGGCCACUUUCCCUUUACAACAGAGAUGUAGAAGAUAAAGCUCAAAGAGGGAAGAAAUCGGCAAUCGACGAGCACGAAUGCCUCGAAUGGCUGGAUUCCAAGAACCCCCAUUCCGUGGUUUAUAUCUGUUUUGGAAGCGUGGCAAAUUUCGCCCCGUCUCAGCUCCACGAAACGGCAAUGGGGAUCGAGGCUUCACGGAUGGACUUCGUGUGGGUGAUCAGAAACAAGAGAGAAGAAGACAACGGAUCAGAGAAAUGGAUGCCCGAAGGAUUCGAGGAGAGAACCAAAGGGAAAGGAUUGGUCAUAAGAGGCUGGGCUCCUCAAGUACUGAUUCUUGAUCACCAGGCCGUGGGGGCGUUCGUGACUCACUGUGGAUGGAACUCGAUAUUGGAAGGGGUGUGUGCAGGUGUGCCUAUGGUGACAUGGCCGGUGUUCUCCGAGCAGUUCUUGAAUGAAAAACUGAUGACUGAUGUUCUGCGGACUGGAAUCGGAGUCGGGUCGAAAGAGUGGAAUAGAUCAGAGAGUGAUGGUGUGGAGAGGGAAGCCAUUGCAGAGGCAAUUAAGAGAGUGAUGAUCGGUGAAGAAUCCGAGGAAAUGAGGAGCAGAGCGAAGGCAAUGAAAGACAAGGCGAAGAUGGCAAUCGAGGAAGGAGGAUCAUCGUACUUAGAAUUGAGUUCUUUGUUGGAUGAACUGAGAGCUUACCAUGCAAAACAGUGACUAAAACAACAAAAAGAUGGAUGCAUGUCUCCUAAGGGAGUUCAGAGUUGCUUAUUGACUUUCUUUGUUUAAUUUAAGUUGAUUUAUUUCUUGUGAUCUUUUCGGGUUAGGAUUAUAAGACAUGAUUAAUUCAGUCUUCGUUAAUGCUAGGAUUUUAAUUUGGGUUUCAGCACACCAAAAGCAAUGGGAGUGAGACUGUGAAAGUGCCAAAAUUUUGCUACCAAAAUUCUGGAAUCCAAGAGGAUAGUAUUGGGCUGAUAUCUUGGUUGAAUGCUCAAUUGGUAAAAGGCCCAAUUAUGUGUCCAUUCAUGUGACACAUUUCUCCCAACCAGGGACAAAAGUCUAUCCAAGCCAAAACUAUUCAAAGACACAUGCCAUUUCCCCAUUUGUGUAUUUGUAAUGUUCUUUUUUUUUUAAGAGUAUUUGUAAUGUUCUAACACCUUAUAUUCUAUAAAUAACACCUUGAAAGAUUGGAAAAGAGAUUGAUACUCCCCAAA